AUGGACAUCCCUAUACCUGAUCAUAUUCCUUACAUUGAUGAGGAAGGAGGUCCUAAGUUGGAAGACAUUGUUGCUGCCUUACACUUACCAAGGACAGAAAUUAACAAGGUUUGGAUUAAUAGAAGAGACUAUUAUGGGAUACCUGUGGAUUUCUUAUACGAGAAGGCCAAGAUCUUUGCCGAAGCCUUAAGCAUGGAUGCUUUGGAAAGUGUUCUAAUGUUACUAAUAUAUGGACAAGUUUUAUUUCACCGUUGCGACAAAGUUGUUGAUAGGGCUGCUAUUAAGAUCUUCCUUAGCAAAAAUCCUGUUCCUACUCUACUUGGUGAUUUAUUGCAUUCCAUCAAUGCCAUAGUAACAAAGAGACAAGGUUGUGUCUUAGGAUGCAUCCCCCUUCUGCAUAAGUGGUUUAUUUCGCACUUGCCUCGAUCAGCAAUAAGUAAUGAAGAGGGUUUGACUUGGAUUCAGAGGAUUAUGAAGCUUUCUUACGAUGACAUCAUCUGGCAUCAAAAAGAGUUCGAGGGUAUCCAGUUAUUUGAUCGUUGCGGAGAAUUCCCUAAUGUGCCUCUUCUUGGUACUCGAGGGGGAAUCACUUACAAUCCUAUCCUCGCUCGACAUCAGUUUGGUUUUGCUUUGAAAGAUAGGCCACAUUCCAUAUAUCUUAGUGCGGAAAACUUUGACUACGAUUCCGAUACAACCGGAAAAAGGGCCGUUUCAUUAAAGCUUGGUACGAGGUUAAAAAGAUGGAUUUACGAUCGAGUCGUUGAGUUUGGAAUACCAUAUCCAUCUGACACACCUGUAGUUCCAAGGAUUACUCCUCCAGCCAUUCUAAUGGAGGUGGAGCCUUAUGUACCUGCUCCAGACGAGGACCUUGCUACCACAGUUGCUCAUUUAAGACAAGAAAAAGCUGAUCUUGAAAAGCGUUUACAAGAGGUUGAGGCUGAAAAAGCAGUGCUAGUGGUUAAAGAACGAGAUAGUAUGCUAGACUAUUUCUCCCGCAAGUGGAAGAUUGAAGAUUUUAUCUCGGCAGAUCAAAUACAAUCAUGGGAACGAUAG